AUGCACCGAAUCGCCAUUAGAAACUCGGCGCGCGCUCGUGCGCUGGCCGCGUCUUUGAGGAGCACACCCGUCGUCGCUCGUUCAUAUGCCACCGCAAAGCCAGCUGCCUCCGAGGUUUCCUCCAUUCUGGAAUCCCGCAUUUCCGGUACCUCCGUUGGCGGCAAUGUCGAGGAAACUGGCCGUGUAUUGAGUGUUGGUGACGGUAUUGGCCGUGUUUGGGGUCUGAGAAACGUGCAGGCCGAAGAGAUGGUGGAAUUCUCAUCUGGUGUUCGCGGCAUGUGCUUGAACUUAGAAGCCGACAACGUCGGUGUCUCCAUCUUCGGUAACGAUCGUCUCAUCAAGGAGGGCGACACCGUCAAGCGAACUGGUCAAAUUGUCGACGUUCCUGUCGGCCCUGGGCUUCUUGGACGUGUCGUCGAUGCUCUCGGUGACCCCAUCGACGGAAAGGGCCCCAUUGAUGCCAUUGAGCGUCGUCGUGCCUCCGUCAAGGCCCCCGGUAUCUUGCCCCGUCGCUCCGUCAACCAGCCCAUGAUGACUGGUCUCAAGCCCAUCGACGCCAUGGUGCCCAUUGGUCGUGGUCAGCGUGAGCUUAUUAUCGGUGAUCGUCAAACCGGAAAAACUGCCGUUGCCAUUGACACCAUUCUCAACCAAAAGAGGUGGAAUGACGGGGCGGACGAGAGCAAGAAGCUCUACUGUGUGUAUGUUGCAAUUGGCCAGAAGCGUUCAACUGUCGCUCAGCUCGUCAAGACUCUUGAGGAGAACGACGCCAUGAAGUAUACUAUCAUCGUUGCCGCCACCGCUUCUGAGGCCGCUCCCUUGCAAUACUUGGCUCCUUUCUCUGGCUGUGCCAUGGGUGAAUGGUUCCGUGAUAACGGCAAACACGCUCUCAUCGUCUACGACGAUCUUUCUAAACAGGCCGUUGCUUACCGUCAAAUGUCGCUCCUCCUCCGUCGUCCUCCUGGUCGUGAGGCCUACCCUGGUGAUGUCUUCUACCUCCACUCUCGUCUUCUUGAGCGCGCUGCCAAGAUGAGCGACAAAUUUGGUGGAGGAUCCUUGACUGCCCUGCCCAUUAUUGAGACCCAGGGUGGUGAUGUGUCUGCAUACAUUCCCACUAACGUCAUUUCAAUCACUGAUGGCCAAAUCUUCUUGGAGGCUGAACUCUUCUUCCGUGGUGUACGUCCCGCUAUUAACGUCGGUCUGUCCGUGUCUCGUGUCGGUUCCGCUGCCCAAACCAAAAUCAUGAAGAAGUUUGCUGGUUCCCUCAAACUUUACCUCGCUCAAUACCGUGAAGUUGCCGCUUUCGCUCAAUUCGGUUCUGAUCUCGACGCCUCAACUCGCUUCCUCCUCUCUCGUGGUGCUCGUCUGACUGAGCUCCUAAAGCAAGGUCAAUAUCAACCUUUGGCUACUGAGGUUCAAGUCCCCAUCAUCUAUGCCGGUGUCAAUGGUUUGCUGGAUUCGAUCGCUGUCGACCAAAUUACCAAGUGGGAAGCUGAAUUCCGUGAACAUCUCGCCACUUCGCAAGGGCCCCUUCUUUCAGAGAUUGCCACUGGUGUCGUCACUCCUGAGCUUGAAGCCAAGAUCAAGAAGGUUGUCGAGGACCAUGUUACUUCUUUCACAUCGUAA